AUGCGCUUCACUGCACUCUUCUCCGCACUCGUCGUCGCCGCCUCUGCCGCCUCAGCGGCGCAGGUCGAGAUCGAGAGCCGCGACACGCUCAGCGUGGCGCUGACGCUGACCGUCGCGAACCACUACGGCGCGCCGAUCCCUCCCUGGCAGCCAGGCUGCAAGCCCGGCUGGUACUACGGCGGCGGCCUCGUCGGCGGGGUCGUCGUCCCCAUCCUGGACGGGGUGCUCUGCGCUGUGCUCGAUCUGCUGCCCCUGUGCCUGCACUGCCCCCCGCCGUACCCGCCCCCGCCGCCCCCGCCGAACUCGCCCCCUGAGUACCGCCAGUCGUUCUCCAACUUGACGUGCGCCACGCAGGACUCGAGCUACCUCACGUAUGGCCUGGUCGACACCGUCGCCGGGUGCCAGGCGAUGUGCGACUCCGUUUCCGGCUGCAAGUUCUUCAACACGUACCACGACGUCAACGGCAAGAACGGCAGCCCCCAGCUGACCUGCGCGCUCUUCUCGGCUUCUUGCCUCGGCGCGAGCAGCGCGGACAACUGCGGCGGCCAGAAGCAGCCCGACGGCACGACCGACUACAUCACCAACUCGGACGGCUUCUGCCGCAACUGA